AGAGUUAGAUGAAUAUCAAAUUGGUUUUAUAGUUGAUAAAUAUUUUAGAGCGAGAGAGAUGGAAAAUAGGGUUACAGGAGUCUCGAAUCCGGCUGCUGUACUCAAUCAACCUUUGAAUUUGGAGAACUCAAUUUUAAUCUUCCUUAAACAAAGAAUUUUAACUGUUUACUGUGACCUCCGAUGAUUGGAGACAAAUCAUGAUGCGCAAAGUACUUCUCUCAACGGCAUCCUUCAGCCUCCCAAUUUGUCGCCACCGCUUCCGUUUCUUCUCAGACGAGACGGUGAGCUGGAGCUCGCCCCCUGGAACCCGAAUCUCCGUGUUGCCGCGAGUCCACUCAUUGGUUGACGGCUGUGACUACAAGCACUGGCUAGUGGUCAUGCACCCACCUGAAAAUUAUCCUCUGAGGGAAGAAAUCAUUCAGCAGUACAUCGCGACUCUGGCUACGGCUCUGGGAAGUGAGAAGGCAGCAAAGGAAUCCAUAUAUUCUGUUUCAACCAAGUAUUACUAUGCAUUCAGCUGUAAACUCACUGAAAAUUUGACUCACAGGAUCAGAUCCCUUCCCCGUGUAAAAUGGGUUUUGCCGGAUUCUUACUUGUGUCCUCAAGAAACUGGCUAUGGAGGAGAACCAUAUAUUGCAGGGAACGUCUUUCCUUAUGAAGAGAAGUAUCAUGCUGAGUGGUUGCAGUCUGACUGUGGCGAGGACCAUAUGGGAAGAACCUGUUCAAGGAAGCCUAGAAGGAAAAGAAGACGUUCAAGAAAUUCUCAUGAAACAAGUGAUUGAACUAAUGGCCAUAUGGUGUUAAAAAUUUCAGGAAAGGGUUAUCAGCUAAUUUUAAUAUUUCCGAUCUCAAAUGGAGUGGUUUGCAGAUGUGCCUGUCUCUUAAUGCGCGGAAGAACUCAGGUCAACCUAUGUGUGAUCGGUUACAGGUGUAGCCUCUAACGGCUGAGACACGGCUACUGCCCCAGCAAUGGCUGAGAAUAAAUGAGUUUUGCUGAAGAUCUCGUUCUUGGACCGUUUUCUCUUUACGUUCCUCCUCAAAAGCACUCUUAUGAAAUGAAAUGAUCAUAUACUUGUCCUUUUACAGUGUCGAAUUCUUGUAGCACUGCUUUGGGAGCAUUUUGGUUAAGCUCAAGUUUUUGGUUAACUUGGUCAAGAUUUUGUAUGCUUAAACUUGCUGCUGAUACACUCAUCUCUGCUUCUGAUGUUUUUGGUGCAUAAUUGAGAUUAAAUGUUUGGUUCUAUUAAGACACUUUCUGCCCCACUCCAAUUCAGCAACCAAAUUACUUUCUAUAACAGUAUGCCCCUGCCUCAAAUUCAUUCGAUGCUUGCCCACAUCUUUCGUCCAUAUUCAGUCUCUGCCAGCUCCCCUUCUCCCCUCUCCCGUCGGCCGUCCUCGCCUCCC